CGUGAUUUAGAUACAUGCCUUCGUUAACGGGAGCGAAGAACUCUCUGGAGACUGCUCGGGGUAUCUUUUAUGUUUCAGUACGUCAAAUGGACCAAUGACAAGACUCUCGGCGGCAUCGAGGGCUGUCUGUCAAAAAUGAGGGCUGCAGACCCAAGCUUCGUGAUGGGCCACGCCCUCUCCAAUGGUCUGGUGCUGAUUGGCACCGGAAGCUCCGUGAAACUGGACAAAGAGCUGGACCUGGCAGUGAAGAACAUGGUAGCGCUUUCCAAAACCCAGCCGCUGACUCAGCGGGAGCAGCUACACGUGUCUGCAGUGGAGACCUUCGCCAAGGGCAACUUCCCCAAGGCCUGUGAAUUAUGGGAACAGAUUCUCCGGGACCACCCAACCGACAUGUUGGCGCUGAAAUUUUCCCAUGAUGCCUAUUUUUACCUGGGCUACCAGGAGCAGAUGCGAGAUUCCGUGGCUCGAAUUUACCCCUUCUGGACACCUGCCAUCCCCCUUAGCAACUACGUGAAAGGCAUCUAUUCUUUUGGGUUGCUUGAAACCAACUUCUACGACCAAGCGGAAAAGCUGGCCAGAGAAGCUUUAUCUGUUAACCCGGCGGACGCGUGGGCAGUGCACACUGUCGCCCAUGUUCACGAGAUGAAAGCUGAGAUCAGGCAUGGGCUGGAAUUCAUGCAGCGCUCGGAAACCCACUGGAAGGACUCCGACAUGCUUGCAUGUCACAACUAUUGGCACUGGGCUUUAUAUCUGAUUGAAAAGGGCGAAUAUGAGGCCGCGCUGACCAUUUACGAUGAGCACAUCUUCCCCAAGCUGCGGACCAGCGGCACCAUGCUGGAUGUGGUGGACAACUGCUCCAUGCUCUACCGGCUGCAGAUGGAAGGAGUGUCUGUGGGGGACCGGUGGCGGGAUGUCUUGCCGAUAACCCAGAAGCACAGCCGAGACCACGUCCUGCUGUUCAAUGAUGCACACUUCCUGAUGGCAUCCCUGGGCGCUGGAGACCCCCAAACCACUCAAGAGCUGCUGACUACCCUGCAGGAUGCCAGCAAGUGCCCAGAGGAGAACUGUCAGCACCUCCUGGCCCGCGACGUGGGGCUGCCCCUGUGCCAGGCCCUGGUGGAGGUUGAGAACGGGAACCCCGACCGGGCCGUCGAGCUGCUCCUGCCCAUCCGCUACCGGAUUGUCCAGAUCGGGGGCAGCAACGCCCAGAGGGACGUCUUCAAUCAGUUGCUGAUUCACGCGGCCUUGAACUGCACCUCGGGCGUCCAUAAGAACGUGGCGCGGAGCCUUCUGAUGGAGCGUGAUGCCUUGAAGCCCAACUCGCCCCUGACUGAGCGGCUCAUCAGAAAGGCAGCUGCCGUCCACCUCCUGCAGUGAGCCCAGCCUGCCGUCCCCCAGCCUGACGCCUCCCGGCCGUUGGACCAGCUGCCCCCCAGCUUUGCAAGCUUAGGAAACAAGCCUGUUAGGCUCCUUAAGGAUAGGCUGCAGCUUUAAGCAGAAAACACAGCAACCAAAAAGAGGGGACACAAAUCAAUUGUGAACGUGAUUCAGAAUCUUCUUGUUAAGAGCCAAGGUGCAGUUUUAAGUGGUCAGAAGCCAUGUGGGUGCUACUGUUACCCCUGGCCUUGCAGAUCGUAUGUUCCCAGGGCACGCUUACACCUUCCGGUCCUUCCAGGGUUGGAAGCAGGGGUGGGGCGGCUCAGCUUGGGGAGGGGUCCUCACAGCCCCUAGGCGCACCCAACCCCAACUCCAGGCCACCCUUGAAAGGAAGCCUCUAGUUGUCUUCUGCAUCCUGUUCUAGACAGGCUCUGUCAUCCGCUUUGGGGUCGGGUGCCAGUGGGGGACAGGGAACUUACCAGGGUCACAGUGAAGAGAGGCCCUGCUGAGACUCACCUUAGGCCCCUUUUCUUCUUGGGAGAGGGGACCCCAUCACUCAGCCUGUGGCCUCAACCCCAGCUGCAGCACCCGUGCCCUCCUCACAGAAGCACAAGCCCAUGGGCGCCCUCCUGCUGUCUCUGGAGAGAAGUCUGCGGGCUUCCUGGGGGCCAUUUGUGGCACUGAUUUGGGCUUAUUUUCUCUUUAUUCUAAACCACAUCAUAAAGGGGCCUUGGCACGUG